AUGAGUGAAGCUGGUGGCUAUUCGACCCUCCUCGAGCUAUGCACACACAUGAAUGCCGCGGCACCGGCACCGAGCAGGCAUGCCAGUCACUCUGAUGCCCCUUCCACUGAGUGCCUGUCCUCCUCGCCGCUAGCGGAGGCCUCCACCAUCAUGGCAGGGGCGAGCGCUGUCAACUCAAAGCCGAGUGGCUCCGUCGCUGCUGCUGCUGCUUCUGUCGCCUCACUUCCUCACUUCCACUUCCCGCCCGCCAAGCGGGCGCCCCAGUUCACCUCCCUCGUCUUCGACAGCGAGGUGGAGCAGGGACGGGGCGAUGAAAAGUUCGACUUGCACGCCAAAAAAGGGGUGACAGUGUCGUCUGCGCCAUUCAAUCCCAUGUCGCGGCGGGCGACGCUGCCCUUCACCGCGGCUGCCACCUGCCACGGCGUCGGAGGCGCAACCACGUCGGAAGGCGCCCUCCGGCUUGCCCUGCCGACUCUGGGGUGCAGCUCCAAGGCCAUUUGCGGACAGAACCCCACGCGUAGCGUGAAUCACACCAGAGUCGGGCUUGCACCAGCGAUGGUGGCUGACGAUGCACAUCAGCAGUGGCGCCUCGACCGACUCGCCUUCCCUGGCAGGGCGGUCGCGGGCGAGGAUGCCGCAGAAGACGCCGCUGUUGCUGAGCAAGGCAGACCUUCGCUGAUCGACAACCUCAUGAGCCCUGUCGGUGCCGUUUGCGGUGAUGGUGAAGACGGGCAAUCGAUCGAUGUGGCGAGCACGCCGGACUCAUUCAUCAGCGAAGCUGACACCUUUCUCGGUGCAGUGGAGAUGUCCGAUGAGGAGGACUACCUCUCGAACCUGGGUGCGACGAGGAGACCACGUGCCUCCUCCAGCGCCGACAGCGUGGCAACGGCGGCGGCCGACGUGUGUGCUCUUGGCAACGGCAUCGACUCCUCGCCGCCAUCCUGUGAGUGUGCAUAUAUGAGGGGCUGCCCAGACCCAAAUUGUGUCUCUCACAUGCUGGGCAUAACAGUGUCACCCAAGGCGGCGCAGACAGGGGUGCCGCCAAAAGCUUCUGCCCCUGCUGCGUCUGCGCAGUUCACGCACCAACGCUUGUCCUUGUCGACGCCUGGCCGAGGCACUUCGGCAACAACGAUUCUUAUCACGGCGGCCGCCACGCCGUCCGCCGCGCAUGCCGGAGAUGAUGUGCACCCGCCCGAAUCGUUCCCCGACGCGGGACAAGGUGCAGCCCCUUUUCCCCACAGCGACCGAGAGGACACGCGGAUGGGCGGGGAGGGCGUUCUCGACGUCAGCGGCGACCCCACUGCAGCGGCCUGCAUGCAGGCUAAACUUCCAUCGACUGCGCAUGACGCCUUAACGGUCCAGCACGAUGCGAGCGGUAGCGACGAGCAAAGUGCCCCCUGCCCCGGCGUGUCAGCUGUGGGAGUGGGAAUGUGCACUGAGCACGAUGCCAGACUAAGUUUCACAAUACCCAUCAACCUUCUCCAGCCAAACACGCUCCUGCUCACCGACACGAUAAGCGAGGUGUGCACGAGUUCCUUUGCCACGGUGACCACUAGCAAGUCUACCCAGGAGUCCUCCUCGUCGACGCAGCUGCUGGGCUCGCGUGAAGGUUCCAGCAUCGCUGCUAGCGUCUCGGCUCCGCGUUCGCUGCAGCAGCACAACUCCUUCGACAGAAGUAUCACCGGGCCCAAGCUGGGGAGUCCACUGCAGCUGACAGAGGAGCUGCAGGGGCAGAAGCAGGAGCCUCGGCACCCCUCGUCCUCUCCUCGUGACGCCUUCGGCAUCGACAAACAUAGCGCCUCCCAGGUGUCUGGCGGUGCCCCAGCCGCUGCGGUAACAGGUCCAUUGUCUUCACCGUCGCCGUUCUAUCGGUUAUCGCCGGGGUCCCCUUCAUCGCCACCAUUUGCGCUCGCGCAGCGCCGUGGCACCGUUGCUGCCUUUGCAGAAAUGGAGCUGCUUCCCAAGGAGGUCGUGGUGAAAAGGCGCGAGAUACCUGGCAAACAGAAAACCACCACCAUCAACGCUGUGCGGCCUCCUCGUUUACUGUGUAGGGGGCCGGACCGGGCAGCCGAGGACUGCCGCGAUCUUUCCGAUGCCGUACCCACAGCACCGGCCAUGGACAGCAGCAGCGAUGCACGAGCGCAUGCGGAGUCCCCAGGAGACGACGCCGACUUGGUGGACUCCGUCGGUGCAUUCUUCUCGGCUUUUCAGUCCAAACUAGGUAAGUGGAUGACCUGGGUGGGCCGCAAGUAUCAUGGUGUGGUGCGCCGCACUUCUGAUGCAGCCGGAGAAGAGCAGUCGUUGCCGCCGCCGCCGCCGCAGCAACCAUUGGAGUCGCCGCCGAGGCGCAGCUGCGCCCCUCAGAGGGAGUCGAAUGAUGGCUCCAGUGGACACCGCGUCUCUUUCUCACCCGGAGACAGUGCGGAGGCGGUCGACAGCGGCAGUGCAUCCUUCUACGAUGCUCGAUCCUUGAAGCGCAAGUCGUCGCACCUCUCUUUCGCCCCCUCGCUCAGCACGUCGCAGGUCAACUCAAGCUACGAUGGUGAGCGGUCGCGACACCCCGUGGUGGAGGAGGCGCUGUGCGGCCUGGCCACUCCGUGGAACGGCGGCGGAAACAGCACCUGGUACAGCGUGGGCUGGCAGGUGGAGCCACGAGGGACGGGGCGUGUGACUAACGGAUUCAUGCAGCUGCGCCGCUCCAUCACGGCGUCGCCGCAAUCGCCCUCGACUCGCGACUCGCCCUUCCCCACGCCUUCGGGAGAGCGGCUCUGCGGCUCGACGACGCCGCCGAACCUGUCCCUCUCUGCCGAGUCUCUGACAUCAACCUUUGAUGCGCUGACGACUCAGAUUUUCAGCGGGGGCGCCCUGCAGCGCCUCUCACGCAGCUUGGGCGAUGCCCUAAACAGCAGUGCCAGCGGCACCAGCAUGUCGGGCGACCAUUACAGCCUGUCAUUCCCUUCGUCCAACGACCGCCACAGCCGCAUGAGCGACUUUAACACAAGCGCCAUCGCCGACGACCGUUACCGCGACACCCUGUAUCGCCUCUUCCGCCAUCCCCCGAGCAGCCUCAUAGGCGACCUCACAGAGUGCUACGAGGCCUACAAGGCCAUGUCCACCUCCUCGAACGGACAUCACGUGCUGAACUGGGGCGAGCUCGGCCUUCUCCUGCAACCAGAGGACUACAUUGAUUACCGCGCUCUCUUCCCGCCCUACCAUUUCGUUACCUUUGACGACUUUGUAGAGUUUGUAGAGGUGCUGUCGCUGCGCUACCACCGUUGA